CUCCUCUUAAGCUCCUCCUCCUCCACCUCCUCCUCCUCCUCCAGUUUCGGCGCGAGCCCUGCUCGUGCUGAGACUAGCGCCGGCCGGGCCGCGCGCGAUGGACCUGCCGGCCGGCGGCUGGUGGUGUUCGUGCGGCCUGGCGAGGUGGGGCACGCCGGUGAUCGGCGUCGUGCUCCACACCUGGGCGGACGUCGGCGCGGCGCAGUUCGUGGCGCCGCUGGACUCCCCCCUCCUAUCCGCUCCGGCGCAGCACCCGGGCUGCGGGCAGGCGGACGGCGCGGCGGCUGGCCCCACGUGUGUCGCGGAGUACGCGGCGGGCGCGGCCGCGGACAAGGGCUCGGCGCAGCAAGAUCCGGAGCAUGAGCAAGCUGCCGAGCGGCUCGUGCAGGCAGCGGCGGACCAGCAGCGUGACUGCUCCGAUCACGUCGGCGAGAAGGUCCAUGGCGUGGGCUCUGCGCCGCAGCCCCCGUGCGCAGGACUGUUCGGCACAGGUGUAUCAUCCGAGCAGAUCAACAUGGCGCUCUCCAGCGAGGUCACCAAGGUGAAGGACAUCGACGGCGCGAAGAUCCGGAGCGGGAGGUACGCCGCCCUCUCCACCGUCGACGACGAGGACUCCCACGAUGCCGACGGCUGCUCCAGCGGCGGCGAAGGCGGCAUGGAGGUCAAAGGCAAAGCCGAGAGCCGCCUGGGCCAUCGCGGCUCGCGGGAUGGCGGCACCGAGGACGACGACGCGAUCCUCAACCAGGCCAUGGCGGCGGCGGCGGCCGAGUGGGCGCUCCACGAGGCCGAGCUCGACGGGAAGGCGGCCGUCGGCGGCGACAGCAUCGUCGGCGGAACCAGGCAGCUCCCAGAAGGCGGGGUGCUGCUCUCCCACUCCGCGCGGCUCGACACCCAGGACAGCGACGGCCUGGAGGGGGAGCCCGACGAGCUGGAGGAGCAGAAGCUACAGCAGCAGCACGACCUGCUGCGCGCCAAGGAGCUGGAGCUCGACCAGCUGACGGCGGAGGAGCAGGAGCUACAGCAGCAGUACGACCUGCUGAAGGCCAAGAAGCUGGAGCACGACCAGCGGACGGAGCAGCCAAUGAACCGCGGCCAGGGCCCCGAGGUGAAACGGGGACGGGCUGCGGCGAGGCGACGAGGACCAGCCAAUGACCUGCGGCCAGGGCCCCGAGGUGGAACGGGGACGGGCUGCGGCGAGGCCAGCGCCGCGGCCAGGGCCCAGAGGUGAAAGUGGGACGGGCCGCGGCGCGAAACGGAGGCCGCAGACUCUGAGAACUCUCUUGGCGUCGACGCUUCAACCUGAAGAGCUACUUCAUCAUGAUGCCCCGCUGAGGCGGGGGCUGGGCGGGCGCCCGAACCGCGUUGCGCGGCUUGCUUCUUCUUCUUCUUCUUCUCCUCCUCCUCCUCCUCCUCAUCCGGACAAGGAAUCCAAACCCAG